GAGUCCGUCGAGGUUUUGGUUGAAAACGUGAACGAUAACCCCCCCAACUUUGCUCAGAACCACUAUGUGCUGGAUGUGAAUGAGGUGGGCUGCACUGCUCUUUCAUGCUUGUAGAACAACAUGUGUUUGUGUUUCCUCUUUAAACCAUUUUAUGUCCUGCAGCUCAUUCCGGUCAACUCCAGUAUUGGUCUGAUAGAAGCCACAGAUGUUGAUUCACAGCCGCUGUAUUAUCGCUUGGAGACAACAACAGACAAGUAUUUCCGCUUGGAAAACAUCAAUACUCCAAAGAUUCUUGUGAAAACCGUCCUGGACUACGAUGUUGUACAAAAGAUCUCGCUGGUCUUACACGUGCAGGAUACGUUCAACGGUUCAGCUUCCAACAAGCCCUUCUUCACCUCUGUGGCCACCAUCACAGUGCGUGUGAAGGAUGUGGACAACCGGCCCCCGUGGUUUCAUCCAUGCACGAGGACAAACUUAGGAACUGCUAAACUGUGUGUGAGCAGCGGCUACAGAGGCAAAGUCAACCUCACAGAGAAACAG